CCUCUGCUUGUGAAUGCGGAGACUUCUGAUUGGACAGCGGCUCGUUGCUUUGAAAUCCCUCCCUCACGUCGUUAGUAUGUGGAAGAAGUAAGGUACUGUGAAGCUGCUGCAGAGGGAGAGAGAAACUCACGCCGGAGGACCGUCUCUUACUCCAGCCACUGCAGGGAGAUCCGUCCACUUGUUCCGUCUUUUGAUGAAAAGUGACUUAUUCUGUUGCUCUUUUUUUCCUCCUCGAUUUCUCUUGUUUUCAACACCGCUUAAGGAAUAUUUGGGAAUACCAAACCCUUGUUACUAAAGAGCCUGAUAGAGGAUGACAUUUGGGCGAUUUGUUCGUCUUUGAAAUCAGCCUUUGGUCCCAAACGUUGGACGCGCAUUGGGCUCGUGAUUUUGGGAUUACCGCACUACUGAAUUGCUCAUCAUGAAUCGUGCUGGUUGAUGAUUUGCGAUCCUGUGUCCACUCGUUACACGCCGCCGUCCUAUUUCGUGCUCCGAUCCAGAUGAGAGAUCCCCCCGCUGGAACUGAAACGCUUUUACGCAGCCAGUCCCAGGAGCGCAGCGCCAACGACGCGAGCGGUGAUCUACACCGCAUCGGAGCGGAGAGACCAUCCGUGUUCACGGCCACAUCUUGUCCCUCUCCCGCUGAUCCCUCGCGCCAGGCUAAAAGGCUUCCUAUCCGGAUCCUAAAGAUGUUGACGGCGCACAGCGGCCACUUGCUGCACCCGGAGUACCUCCAGCCUCUCACGUCCGCGCCAGUCAGCAUUGAAGUAAGUAAUUAACAAAUACGUGAUAUGUUAUCCAACAUUUGUCGGUUUCUGCUGAGGGUGGGAUUCGGCCAAAUGUUAUGGAAUUAAUGCACCGUGUGAGCAGCUUUGGGAAUUAUUUAGAAAAAUAAACACGGGAUCUUAUGCGCCAUUUUACGCACAGCGAUUUAAUGGCAAGUUCGUCAGACACCAGAGUUCAGUGAUAAAAAGAAAAGUUCUGCAGAUAGAAAACUGACUUAAAUUUAAUAAUAUUAUUCUUUUUUCAAUAAUAUUACUCUACAGACAGAAAAUAUUUAAAACUUUACAUAGAAAAUGUUUAAUGUGUAUUUCUUUUUUUUCCUUUUGAACAACUCUGCUAUCACUUUUCAAUCCUUACCUUUAAGAUACCACACUCAGGUCUAAACGAAGACCAAUUUUUCUUGUUUUAAUUAUUCUUUGACUGUAAAAUAAAUAUUUUUCUCGACAUGAUAACUCUAGCAGUCAUACUCAGUGGAUAUUGAUGUCAAUGUUUUAACUGAAUCUAUUAUAACUCAGUUUACUCAUCUUUUCGCUGUCUUUUUUUAAUCCCAGCUGGAUGCCAAGAAGAGUCCCUUGGCCCUUCUGGCCCAGACCUGCUCUCAAAUUGGCAAACCAGACUCGUCCUCCUCUUCCAAGCUGGCCUCUCUAUCCUCUGGCAGUCUAGGAGACAAGGAGUCGUCCAACCGAUCUUCCAAGCCUGCAGAGCAGCACCACUCCCUGGAGGACAAGUCCAGCUUCAAGCCUUACUCCAAAUCGCCAAGCGACUGUCGCAAGGAUGUUUCUGUGACAAAGGGGCCUUUGGAUAAAGCAGCGUUCAGAGUGCCAAAUGGAAGCUCCAGCAGUGGCACCGCUUCGUGUCCGUCUUUUCCUCCUCACUCCCAGUCACCCAGCUCCAGCUCUCCUCCCCUGCACACUCAGAGUCAGCCCCACAGACAAAGCCAUUCUCCCCCCACACAGCCCCCACCGAACUCCCAGGCCUCGCACACGGACAACAAACCUGGGAACUCAGAGCAGGCUGCCUCGGACAGUAACAGCAAUGGUGUCUGCAAAAAAGACUCAGAUGCAGCUAAAUCAGGGAUGGAUGGGGCUCAGUUAGCUAACUCGAGUCACAUACGGGCCAGUGCCAACUCCAGCAACGCCAGCUCUGCAAGCAGCCCGCGGCCGGAGAGCAAGGCUGACCCACAAGCCUCCUCACAGCCAGGCUUGGGCUCUGGGCACAUUGCCCCCGUCUCCCCUUUCAAACCAGGACAUUCUGUCUUCCCCUUGCCUCCUGCUUCCAUGGGCUACCACGGCUCCAUUGUAGGGGCCUACGCUGGGUAUCCCUCCCAGUUUGUUCCUGGCUUGGAUCCCACCAAGUCUAGUUUGGGGUUGGGACUUCCAGGGAAGCACCCCAGCUCCAGCCCACUCACAGGAGCUUCCCCUCCGUCCCUGAUGCAGGGUUUAUGUCGGGACCCUUACUGUCUCACUUACCCCAAUGCGCCUCACCUCGGAGGGAGUAACUGCUCCACCUGCGUCCAUGAUCCCUCCACCCUAAAGUCUGGUUUCCCCCUGGUUUACCCCUCCCAUCACCUCCAUUCCCUGCACUCCAGCGCACUGUCUUCCAGCACCACCCCCACACUGUCUCAUCCCCUCUACACCUAUGGCUUCAUGCUCCCCAAUGAGCCGCUGCCUCACGCCUGUAACUGGGUGUCGGUUGGAGGUCCCUGCGACAAACGCUUUGCCACAUCAGAGGAGCUACUAGCCCACCUGCGUACCCACACUGCUCUGCCUGGGAUGGUGGACAGUAAGUUGUUGUCGGCGUAUCCUUCAUCGGUUUCAUCUACAGCUUCCUGCCACCUCCACCUGCCCCCACCCAGCAGCCCAGGCACCCUUCCCAGCUCUUUCUCCCUCAGAGGCUCACCUGGAUUGGGCCUGGCUCGCUAUCACCCUUAUAGCAAGUCCCACCUGCCCGGAGCCCCAGGGCUUCCCAUGCCAUCCCUCCCCUCCUCGUCAGCGUAUUACUCCCCCUACGCGCUCUACAGCCAGAGACUGGGCUCAGCCUCAGCGCUCGGAUACCAGUGAUACCCCAAAUAGUGUUGAUGCCACAGACUGCAGGCACCAGCUUGGACGCUCCACGGCGGUCCUGAAGAUGGAUUCUUGAAAUAGGGGUCAUCACCGGUACAGGGCAUCGUGCCCACUGGCAUGCCUGCCAGGAAUACCACCUGUUAGCCUCAGGAUUGUGACUGGCGCUGUGAAAGCAAAGAUCCUGUGAUGGAUUGUCUGCAGCACAGAACCAACAGACUUUACCGAUUAGAGAUGGUGGGACACAGAGCUUGAAAAUAAUGGAAUUGUGGGAUUAUUGCAACAGUCUUUGUUUUCUGUUUUAUUUUACUCAAUAUCUGUCUCCCAGAACUGAAAGUCUGUAUUUAUUUUUCACUUAAGCGCUUGGUAUUCAACUCUGGGGGAAAGUUUUGCUUUCCAAAUAAAUUGUUCUGAAGUAUUGGAACUGAAAAGAAUGAUUUAAUUAUAGUACCAUUAUGCCUAUCAUACACUCUAAAAAUAAAAACCUUGCACCACGAAGAAGAUGGACUAUGAGGCUUUAUUCUGGGGACCUUUUUUAAUCUCCUUUUAGCUCUGCUAUUAUUAUUAUUUUUCUUCUUCUUCUUCAUCUUGCUCAGACUCUGGAGAAUUGCAUGUCCAUGAGAAUGAUUUUAAACAAUGCCAUUAUUUUUAUUUGUAAAUAUGCAAAGAUGUAAUAUUUUUUCAAGCUUGCUUGGGGUCAGCAAGUUUGGGUCACCCCUGCAAAUGGUACAAAGAUAAGAAAAAAAAUGACAUAAAUAAAACUAUUACUGAUGGCUGUGCUAUCAAACCAACAAGAAAAAGGUCUUAUUUUGUUAAAUAAAUGUCACAAGAUUGCAUUGUAACUUGUGUUUUUUCACAUUUCUCAUAACUAUAUAUAGCAGUGAGGUUUCUUUUUUGUCACAGGCGUCAGAGGAUGAAUAAAUCUCGCUGCAUCACACUACUUCUAUCCAUCAUUACGGCUUUAACAGCUAGGCUAUAUGUGUAAUAUUUCAUGGCUCAUAUCAGUUGACAGGGCCGUCCCAAAGGGGGCACGCCGGGUCACAUUAGCCCUGUUAGCUUGUCUCUGAGGACUACCAUCUCUCCUCCUCUCUCCAUCACCCACAUUGCUUUUGUUGUUGCUACUGCAGCUUUUAAUUGCUGAUUCGUGUUUUGCGAGGCUCGAAAAACAACCUCCUCAGCAGAGUGGAUGGCUGUGUGGAGUGGCCGCCGGGGUCACUGGGACUUCAAUAAUGACCUGAGGGAGGUGUCGAGCCAGGAUCUCCUCACAGGCUGACGGAUUGGCCUGCAACACAAAGGCCAGAGCUGACAAUGGGAGGCGGUUAAUAGAGAAAUAUUCAUCAAAGUCCCUGACACCUCCCCUGAGGAGCGCGGGCUCUCGUACAGGAACCGCAGACAUGGAGGCCGCGCUGAUGUGCAGAGCUAUUUUCUUGCUGCGCUGGGGUCUAACUGAAGUCUCGACUCGGGGCUGUUAGAUACUAAUUCAAAGAGAAGGAGUGGGUUUAUCUUAAAGCCACACGGCUGCCGUUCGAGUGUGUCGUCCCUGUAAUGUCUCUGUAUGUCCACUCUAUUUGGCUGACAGGGUGUAGGUGGCACAAAACGAAGAGGCUGUAGUCUCCGAGGCGGCUAUUGACCCCGACUCCUAGACUCCUCUACUCUCGCGGUUCAUUAGCACUCCAGACAGGGGAAAGGCGAGCACAGGUGUCACUUGACAGGACCAUUAACAAAAUGGAUGACCCUCCCAAACCACAUCCAGCCCCUGCCACACCAGCAAGGUCACGGCGCCCUGAUCACUGCUCUGGGUCGCUCUUUGGGACGCCGUGCUUAUUUUUCUUCCUCAGAAACUGGAGCCAUGAUGAUCUGUGACGCGGGACACACUUAACUUUCAUGUCGCUGCUUUUUAUGUCAGAUUUUACAAAGAAGUCUGAACAAAAUAGGCCAUGGUUAUUUUAUUUUUAAUGCUUCUUUUCACAUUUAAGUGCAACAUACUUCUUGGUGACUUGCAGCUGCUCCACCAGAAUAUGACUGGAUUGUGUUGCCCUCUAAAGAUGUGUCUGUGAAGUGCAGGUGAAAUCAGAGUAAGAGCCGUCUUUGCUCUGAUGUGGAUAAAUGUGGAUCUGAGGAUGCUCUCUUACAAACCGUAGAUAAAGAGCUGGUUACAUUGGCUCCAGUGUGAGGAUGAGUCACACUGGAGGUCAUACAGAGGGGAGAACUUUCAAUCAUGUCGGGGAGGUGGAAUUAAUCCCACUGUUGCCAGUUUACACUCGUUCAUCAAAUGCCUCACUAUUCUCCCUAUCCGUGCACUCAUCAAUCUCCUCCAUCUAUCGUCUUCCCCCACACACUCUCACAGCUGAGUCAACACCCACACACUCCAUUUAUGUCGCCUGUGAGAGGCUCUAUGUGUGUGUGUGUGGAAGUAUGUGUUUUCAGCCCAAGUCUUUUGUCCUCAGGGGUUAAAACUUAACUCACAGGAUGAGUAUUGUUUCAUUCUUCACAUAUUACACAGUGUCAGCGUAUUUUUAAAUAUGUGAAUUUGAGAAAAAUAAUGAAUUGAGGGAAUUAAAAGUUGCGUCAAACAUUUUUAUCCAGUUGUUUUCCAACUGGAGUAAGCGCAUGUACUCUUUCUCCUUCUAUGUAAACUUUCUCAACUUUUUUUCUCAGGUAUUUUUUCUUACAGUCCUUAAAAUCACUCCACUGCAACAAAAACAAACAAAAAAAAAAAAACUUUUUGGUGGUAAAGUACAGAAGACGAGAUUGGCCAUGAAUUUUUCCUUUUUCUAUGCACUGUUGUCUCGUGAUAACAACUUAUCUCGAAAUAAAGUUCGUUUUCUCGUGAUCACGCAUUAUCUCAACGUUUCCUUGUGAUAAAGGAAAUGGCGUUUUAGCAGAUCUCAAAUGGUAACAUUUAAAAACGUUAACCUCCAAAUUGGGAUAUUUCUGAAACACCACAGCCGCCGUUGUCAACAGCUAACCGCGUUUUUCUAUCAAAACGCUGAUGUCACACUCAUGGAUACAGACGUGCACCCAUAACGAGAGUGCUGAUAUUGACGACAAAAAAAGGCGCAACCAGUAAUGCUGUUUUGCUAGUAGCCUAACUUUACAAUGCGGAAUGUCUUAAAGGUACAUUCCCAAGUUUUUGAUAGCACAAACUUGAUAAAUGGAGUAUCCUGUCACAAGAGCUUCUUGUGAGCAAGAGCUUUACCAACAGGAUUGAUAAGCAAGGGAGCAUUUCGGCUACAAUCUGAGUUAAAUAUUGGUGCUUAUAUUUCCAUUUUUGCCUUUAGACAACUCGUGGAUACACAAGCAGAGCACACUUGUGCUUUAAAGCUCCUCUGA